AUGCACGACUUUCCUGGAAUGUUAGGAAGCCUAGAUUGCCUCCGUUGUGCAUGGGGUUGUUGUCUGAAUGCCCAUAAAGGGCAAUACACCCGAGGCGAUCAUGGUUAUCCAACCGUUAUACUUAAAGUGGUGGCGUCACAAGAUAUGUGGAUAUGGCAUGCAUUCUUUGGCUCAGUUGGCUCCCUUAAUGGCAUCAAUGUUCUUAACAUGUAUUCGUUACUUGACGACAUGUACAACGGGACUGCACCAGACUCCUAUUUUCAAGUAGAUGGAACAUCGUAUAGGAACGGGUAUUAUCUGGUGGAUGGGAUCUAUCCGGAGCGCGCUUGUUUUGUGAAGUCAUUGUCUUGUCCAAAUGAUCGGAAAAGGUUGAAGUUUAAGAGAGCUCAAGAGCGGACGAGAAAGGAUGUUGAACGAGCAUUUGGAGCUUUGAAAAAACAUUGGCAUAUUCUUAAAUAUCCUGCGUUGUAUAUGGAGGAGAAGAAAAUGAGUGAGGUGUGUUUUUGUGAAUAUGUACACUCAUAA